UGCUUUCAGUGCGCGGCGGAAAAUUCGUCCACCCAAAACAUGUCGUCGUCUUCUAGCGAGGAUUGUUUCACGAUCGUGGAUGUGCCGGAGAAUCGCUAUGACGAGGCAAUCCACCAUCUGAGAUGGAACUUUUUCGCCGAUGAGCCGCUUAAUAACGCUAUAGGGCUUUGCGCGAGAGGGGAAUCUCAGCGCGCACUUGAGCGACACUGCCUUCUCACCUUGAAGCAGGGUUACUCCAGGAUGCUAAUGGAUAAGAAGGGAGCGAUAGCGGGAAUGGCACUAAACGGAAUCCUGAAGAAAGGUGAACGCGAGGAAGAAGAGCGGCGUUUCGAUGAAUUAGAUGAUGAAAAAUUCAAGAUGAUCAUGAAACUACUCUACAAAGUGAAUGAUAAGGUCGAUUUGUUCGCCAAAUAUGAUGUGGAUGAGUUGUUCGAGUGUCGAAUCCUCAGUGUUGACGCAAAUUAUCGCGGUAAAGGUUUGGCCAGUGUUCUUAUGGAUGAUAGUGAGAAAGUCGCCAAAAAUGCCGGGUUUAAGCAUGCUUUUCUUCUUAAUAUACAUGGGAUAAUUUUUGUUUACUUCUUCACAAGGUGUGUAAGGCCGAUGCAACCAGUGCAUUCUCAUUAAAAGUCUAUCUGAAGCACGGCUACCAGGUGGAAGCAGAAAUCUCGUACACGGAAUUGGACAAGUCUAUCAGACCGGCGCCGCCCCAUCAGGCGUUAAAAUUAAUGGUGAAGUUAUUAGAUUGAAGAUAAAAUGAGAAAGUCUGCUUGCUUGGAGAGCUUAUAAUUAAAUUAAAUCGUCAACACGAAACCGUAAAGCGUAAAGUAGAUAAAAGAUAUAUGUAUCAUCGUCGUGUCGUGACAAUAACAGCACUUAAUGUAUAUCUUGAUGUCAUGAAUGACGUGACAUCUUCUCAUAGAAUAUUUAUCUAACAAAAGAGAAAAGUGUGUAUUAUGCGUUUCACGUAAUAUGUGUCGAAACGUAUCCGAAUGGUAUCCGGUAUUACUGCCCCUGUGUGUUCUGAAGAAGAAAUGUUCGUUGUUAAGAGAAGACAAAGAACAAUUAUUUAAUGAAAUUGAAUAAUUUAACACAGCGAAUGGGCGAAUCAGGUAUAAAGUCGAUCAAAUGCUUAGACGUCCAUUUAGACAUUUGAUAGACGUCUCAUAUUCGGAUCUUUUAUUUCUGCACGGAAGUCAACACGACUCUAAAAGUCAAAUCUAUUAUAGCAAAAAAAGAUAUAAUACAAAAUGUAAAAUCGUAUAUAUCAUUCAAUUCUUAUAUACAUUA